UCUGGUCAGUUUGAUCUGACUCUCAAGCAUAUGUCUCUAACCUCUGAACACAAACAUGGAAUUUUUCACUCUUCUUCAGCAACAUCUUUGGAUCACCAUUCUGUGUUUUGCCGACUUUUAUGUAUCAGUUCGGGACUGCACUGUGGAGAUGGAGCCGGUGAUCGAUCCCCCCAGUCUGGUGGUGAAGUACGGAGACCCAGCCUCCGCAAUCUGCCGCACGCAGCACAACGCAUUUAUAACUGGCUGGGAAGCACCAGUGGAAGCUACACGUGCUGCGGGCUCACAUCAGGCGGUCUGGGAGGUGUCCAGCCUGACCAACUGGUCUCUAGCAAAAGGCAUAACGUGCUACGGCAUUUAUGUUGGAUAUGCGGAAUGCCUGGCCAUACUAUCUAUCACCAUUUACAAAAUUCCUGAGCGUGUGACGCUAAGCCACUCUGAUCCAGUGCUCAAGGGAACGGAGAACCGGCUGGAGUUCUCGCUGGAGUGUGAUGUUAAGGGCGUAGCUCCAGUCGAGAACCUCACUGUCAUCUGGUUCAGAGGACACACUGAGCUGGGACGCUCGGAGUUCCCCCAGCUCUAUCGGUCAGACGACGUCACUGUGAGGGCUAAUCUGAGUAUCAUAGCUUCCAGAGAGGACAACAAAGCCUCCUACAGCUGUGCUGCCCAACUGGACCUGAACACAGCUGAGCCCAUUCCUGACACCAGAUCGAAUAGUGUCCUACUGGAAGACUUAUACAAAUACGCAAGAGAGGUAUCCGGUGGCGAUGUGCGCCUAACAGAGGGUGACACUCUGAAGGUGAACUACACAAGUGAUGCCAAUCCCGGUGUGAUGGAACCAAGCGGAGAGUUACCGUCUGUAGGUAACUCGAGGGGAAUCAUAUUAGGAGUGGUGGUUGUUGUAGUACUGGUUCUGAUCCUGGCUGUAGUGGUUCUAGUCCGGUGGAAGUGCUUCAAAAAGUCAUGAUGAGAGAUAACCCACAAAGGAACCCAACCCAAAAACCCAAGACCCACAAUUGUGUCUGACUACUACAGAGGAACCCCCACAUCCUCUGAAUCAGUAUAUAUUGUUAUCCGUGGUUUCAGUAAUUCGCGGUUCAUCACAACCGAAAACAGUACAGUUGUGUAAGCCCCAUCUUUUUGGCCAACACUUUUGCAUUUCAAAAGAAUGCCUUUUGCAGUCAAUUUACAUCUGUGUGUGUACCUGUGUUCAAUCUGUAUUGUCUUAGCUGGCCAUGGCAAUGAUUCCCAACUCCCGCGCUCAUGCAUACAGUGGCCAUUUGGCCUCUGCUCUCGCCACCCUGUUGAGAGCUUAACUCAUUCCUGGGCCUGCCUUGGACCACAGGAAAAUAUUCUGAAUUCUAAGAUUUGUGUCAAAGGAGAAAUUAUAAUCUGCUUGUGUUUUGAUCAAAGGAGUUUCCUCCACUACACAGGAGGCCAAGCUAAACUAAUUAGCAUACAGCAAAACUCAAAUCCACCAGAGCAACUGUACUCUGAUGGUUACCUCUGAAAUCACUGUACAUGUAUGUUGUGAAUAAUACAUUCAUGAUUGGUCUUAAAUUAAUACUUGUAAUGUGGGCAACAGUCUGAUCAUGAUUACAUUACAAGCUAAUGUAUCUGUGCAUAGUUGUGGACUAAGAAAUACACUGUAGUCUAUAUGUACAGUAUGUGAUCAAUUGGUAUACUGCUAUUCUUAACUUGUUACUGUAAUUUGUUAAGUUUAUCUCUGUGUUUUUGGUUGAGCUUCCUUUGUUUGUUACAUUGUUACAGUAGACUACGGUAUGUGAGUUUACUUACAUUCAACUGAAGUGAUAUUGAUUACAUUUACCUUUCAAGGCUUAGUGCUUAAAUAAAUUGUUAAUCUGCUUAGGCUACCAAUCGUAUAUCGGGAUCAAAAGAGUAUAUAGUUAUACAUAUCUCUAAUUGAACUUCAUUGAAAUGUGAAAGCAGACGGUUGAUCAGCUGUGUUCUAAAGAAUGUUUGAUUCAAGUUCAGCAACGUGUGUUGUUGC